CGCCGUUGCUCUAUAAACCUAUCGAAUUUGUCACAUCCCUAAUCGAUAAACACUCGCAUGUUGUAAAUAAAAUUUGUCAAAAGAUGAACUGCUGCAUUUGCCAAUUUUCUGUGCGAGUCCCAAAGAAUAUUCAUACGGAAACGGUGGGCCAGCCGCCGGUGCCCAUCAGCGAGCUGGUCCUGCAAUGCACCAAGGGCACAGGCUACGUGCUCACCGAGGAGGCCUCGACCAUUUGCAAGAAAUGCUGCGAGAAGCUGGCCAGGUACCACAAGUCCAUUCAGAUCGCACGAAAGCUGCGUCAGGAGAUCCUGGAGCUCAUCCACAGUCCGUUCAUAACGAAGCAGUCGCCGCUGAAGGAUGAAGCAAAGGGGGAUCGAAUUCCCAAGUUCGAUGGGAAUAUUGAAGUAGCCGAAGCCGAAGUCGAGGAGGAUGAGGAGGAGGAUGUGGUCACUGUGGUGGAUCCGGGAAACCUUGAGCAGGUGGACGAGGAGGAGCACACCUUUAUUGUCAAGGAAUCGGAGAGCGCUGGUGAAGAAGUGGAACUCCACUCUGUGGAUCUAGAAUUAGAUAUAGAUAACGAGAUCAUUAUAAACGAGGAGAUGGAGGAGCAGGAAGCUGAGCUGGAUGAGCCUCAAGAGAAGGACAUUGAACAGGAAGACUUUUUCAAGGAGGACACCAUGAGCGACUUCGACGAUCAGAUAGACGGUACAAUAGAAUACAUUAUAUCGGACGGUGACGGGGAUGGUGAUGACCAAGAUAACGAUCCUGAUAGCUCGGGCGAGUACACCGUUAAUAUCCAGUGCCCCAGCUGUCCAGAAAAGUUCACCAGCCGGCGUGGAUAUAAUGCUCAUACAAAACGCGAACACUUUCCCGGCUAUGUCUGUGAUCAGUGCGGAAAGACGCUUCAGUCCUAUUCCGGAUUUAUUGGACAUCUGCAGAACCACGAGCCUGUCAAACAGUUCGCCUGCCCCGUGUGCCCGGAACGCUUUAGCCGCAAGUUCCGUCUGAAACACCACAUGGCCUGGCACACCGGCGAGACGCCAUAUCAGUGCGAUGUCUGUUCUAAACGAUUCGUCCACAAGGUGGCCCUCUACAAGCACAAGAUGAUCCACGACAACGAGACCAAGCGAUUGGAGUGCCAGGUGUGCGGCUUCAAGACCCGAACCAAGGCUCAUCUCGAGCGCCAUACGCGUUCCCAUACAGGCGAUAAACCCUUCGCCUGUCCCGUGUGUAAUAAGCGCUUUUCGCAAAUGUACAACAUGAAGGCCCACUUGAGGGAGCACGAGAGUCCCGGCACGAAUCGCCAUCGACGCUUUCACUGUCCGAAAUGCACACACACCUUUAUCAACGAGCAGAACUACGUAAGCCACGUUCAGCGCGACGACUGCACGGCGACCUAACCGUCGCAUAAUUGUAAUGUUUAGAUUAAUUAUUUUCCGGAGCUUUAAAGCACCUUCGAAAAUUGACAGCAUCAUCAGCACGAUAUCAUGUUCACCAUCAAUCGCAAUAAGAGAGUACAUUACAUUAUUACGUUCUAUCCAUGUACUUUUUUUUAUUAAAUCUAUAUGCAUUUUGCUCACAAAUAAAAUAUGUUUGAUAUAAUAAAUUUAUCCGUUAUUUGCAUAUUUCUGCGGUUAUUUCAGUUUUCUUAAAAAAAUAUGUAUAGUAUGUAUGUAUUAACUUAUUUGAAUAAAUCAAUCGAUCGAUCAAUUGGACUGAUCUGAUCUCUCCCAGAAAUGAAAUGUGCCUAAUGGUAGAUCGGUAGAUGCAAUUGACGCAAUUACAAUACAUUGUAUAAAUACAUAAAUGUUAAGUGUGUGUUUUGUGUAUGCUGUGUUAUAGAUUAUACAAAAAUAAAACAGAUUAUCUUUUGAUUUUUGUCGAGUUGAAUAGAACUUUGUUAAUAUCAUCAUAUCAUCAUAAAAUGCACAUUACAAAAAUAUUAACAAAAUUUAUUGCAGGCAGUCCGUAGUUAGUAUAAAGUAACAAACAAAUCCCAAUCGAGGAAAACCCAUAAAUCUUCUUAAUAAAUUUGAUUUUUUUUUUGUUUUGUGCCGUUUCUAAUAAUCUCUGCCCCACUCUGAAACACUUCCACGGGACUAAAAUGCAUAUCGGACGCUCAAUUUAUGGCUUUCAACACAAAGGGGAUACUAUCUUUUGCUUGAGUUUGCUUGAGUUUCUAGUAGCUCCAAAUUGUCUGCCUGGAUUUACGAUUUUCCUUUCGAAUCGAUCAGUUUGUUGUACAGAAAAAUACAUUGUUAUCGCCGCAGAGAGUAGUAUUUGAUGCUGACAAAAGCCCUAACUGCUUUUGAUUUUCGGAUAUAGCUUCUCCUGUUAUUAGCUCUAAUAUGCAUACACUUGGUGCCUAUGCUUUCGCCUUCGCCUUCCCACUCCCUCUC